UCGGGCCGCCAUUGCCCGGCUCCCUGUCACUCAGCCCGCGCGGGGCCCGGGAUUGGCAGUCUCGCCCCGUUACGCACUCACCUCGCGUUCACAUACCCGGGGAGGGCAGUAGAAAGGUGAUCAAUCUUCAUCAGGCUACAUUUCCAAUCACCUAAACAACCGAGCAAGACAAGCCACUCCGACAAGGUUGCCUGCCUGGCGGGUCGGUGAGGGCGCAAAGUAGAUGGUGAGCAGUCCCGGCAGCUGAGGGCAGGCCGAGCCCCAAGACCCAACAGAGCUUGAAGGACUGCGCGGUGGUAGCCCUGCAUUGCGCCUGGCCCCCUGGAUCCGUCGGGGCGCCUUCACCCGGCUGUUAGCAUGAUGUCUUACCUCAAACAACCCCCAUAUGGCAUGAACGGGCUGGGCCUGGCCGGGCCCGCCAUGGACCUCCUGCACCCCUCCGUGGGCUAUCCGGCCACUCCACGGAAGCAGCGGCGGGAGCGCACCACUUUCACGCGCUCGCAGCUGGACGUGCUGGAGGCGCUCUUCGCCAAGACUCGCUACCCUGACAUUUUUAUGCGCGAGGAGGUGGCGCUCAAGAUCAACCUGCCGGAGUCCAGAGUCCAGGUCUGGUUCAAGAACCGUCGUGCCAAAUGCCGCCAGCAGCAGCAGAGCGGGAGCGGGACAAAGAACCGCCCGGCCAAGAAGAAGUCGUCCCCGGUGCGGGAGAGCUCGGGCUCCGAAAGCAGCGGCCAGUUCACGCCGCCCGCUGUGUCCAGCUCCGCCUCGUCCUCGAGCUCGGCUUCCAGCGCUUCCGCCAACCCGACGGCCGUGGCGGCCGCAGGCCUGGGCGCGAACCCGGCGGUGGCAGCGCCGUCGUCCUUGAGUACGCCUGCCGCCUCGUCCAUCUGGAGUCCGGCCUCCAUCUCUCCCGGCUCCGCACCUGCGUCGGUGUCGGUGCCCGAGCCCUUGGCCGCACCUAGCAACGCGUCGUGUAUGCAGCGCUCGGUAGCGGCCGGCGCGGCCUCGGCUGCAGCCUCCUAUCCCAUGUCCUACGGCCAGGGCGGCAGCUAUGGCCAGGGCUACCCCGCGCCCUCCUCCUCCUACUUCGGCGGUGUGGACUGCAGCUCCUAUCUGGCGCCCAUGCACUCGCACCACCACCCGCACCAGCUCAGCCCCAUGGCACCAUCCUCCAUGGCAGGCCACCAUCACCACCAUCCCCACGCACACCACCCCUUGAGCCAGUCCUCCGGCCACCACCACCACCACCAUCACCACCACCACCAGGGGUAUGGCAGUUCAGGGCUCGCCUUCAACUCUGCCGACUGCUUGGAUUACAAGGAGCCUGGCGCCACCGCAGCUUCCUCUGCUUGGAAACUCAACUUCAACUCGCCCGACUGUCUGGACUAUAAAGACCAAGCCUCGUGGCGGUUCCAGGUAUUGUGAGCCCAGGAGUGGGAGAGGAGGAAGAGAAACGAAACUACCUACGCUCCCUGUGGUCCCCGUCCUGUUGCUGCUGCUGCACCACCCGCCUUUGCCUCGGCUUCUCCAGAUCUGAUUUUCAUGCCCCUAAACGAUGCCCAUGGCCUGCACUGCCACCCUCACCUUCGUGCCACUUGCUAGGGUAGGAGGUGCAAAUCCACCCACCCCUUUGACGAAGGGACCGGUGCUUUGGCUUGGCCCACAGUUCUAUACGGGAGCGAGCGCUGUGUGCUCUCCCCUUUAACCCGACCGAACUCCUAAUUCACCCUCUCCCAGUCUUUCUGGACAAUUAGUAUGCACUUGCAGCCUUCGGAGGCUCUCGGCUCUGACCGGCUGUUUGAGCCCUACACUUUUAUUUAUUCUUCCUGGACACUGGAGUCACUAACUGGCAUGUGUUUUGCCCAUUUGAGUGCACCCACACUCUACUCCCAAACACCCACCGCGUAUUCUUCCCGUGCAGGCUGCCGUCCCUUCAUCUGCCCUGGGCCCCGCUCCCCGCCUGCAGGCCCGAGCUCUCGGCUCUUCCUCCUCCCAGGAUGCAGGAUGCGCUGGGGCCGGCCCGGAGGAGGCGCCCCCCGCUUCUCACGCUCAGCCCCGCCCCGCGUAGACCAGGCUCACGCUUCCGCCUCAGCGGGAAUGCUGUACAUAGUCGGUCCGUUCCAAGGACCACUCACACUUUCUAGUGGCUGUUGGUUGAACUGAAGCAUAUCUCGUUUUAGCGCCCAGGAAAUAGAACUUUAAGAUAUAUACAACAUAUAUAUAUAUAUACAUAUACACAUCUAUAUAUAAAACAAAAGCAAAAAUAUUUCCCUCUGUCCCCCUGCUUCUCUUCCUCAAACGAUGGCGCUUUUACUUUUUCAGUUGUUCAAAGCUGCCCUGCCCUCACACCUUUUCCCUGUUUGUAUUUAUUAAAGAGAACCGUUUGGGCACUGGGGAUCGGAGGGCCCGGAGUGUGGAGGAAGCGGAAAAGUCAGGUUAGAGGGGAGGGGGCUGGGCUGGGGCGCAGCGCUGUGUCCUUCAGGGCUAAGCACAGGGUCGCAGUUCUGGUUGAGAGACCAAAAAAGAAAAAGAAAAAAAAGAAAAACAUAUUAUGGGAAAACAAACCCAGGUCCCAAACCCCAGUUCCCAUUCCCGCCAGCUUCUCUCUCUCAGCCUCCCCUGUUUUGUCUAGUGAGUUCUUAGUGCACCUCGCGCUUCCAAAUAUGCGGCCGCCCGCGCCUGUGUAUCAAUUUUGGCUUUGGCCGUUUCGUCCAGUAGGUGGGAAAGUAAUUUGUAAAUUUAAUUUGUCCGAUGUGAAGAUCACAAAUUACUUGUUGAAAUGUGAGGCAGCCCCCAAUCCCGUUUAUCUACAUAACUUCCCGAAAAUAAAUGCAAAUUCAUGAACGAA